UUACUAAUUAAUUAACUAAGAAAAUAACACACACACACCCAUUCUUUUAUAAAGCCCUCACACACCUCUCAUUUCAUUUCCUUCAUAAAGUUCAUUUCACCUUCCUCUUCAAAUGGCUCAGCAGAAGGUGGUUUUAAAGGUGCUGACCAUGACUGACGAGAAGACUAAGCAGAAGGCAAUAGAAGCUGCUGCUGAUAUUUAUGGAGUUGAUUCGAUUGCGGCGGAUCUGAAGGAGCAGAAGCUAACGGUGAUAGGGCUGAUGGAUACAGUUGCAGUAGCCAAGAAACUGAAGAAAGUUGGGAAAGUGGAGAUAGUUUCAGUUGGGCCUGCUAAAGAAGAAAAGAAAGAAGAGAAAAAAGAAGAGAAAAAGGAGGAAAAGAAGGAGGAGAAGAAGGAAGAGAAAAAAGAGGAUAAAAAGUAAAUUCAUCAAUACUUGUAAUUUCUAAAUUAAAUAACAUCUAAUUUUAAUUCUUGCAAUAAAUUAUUUCCCAUUUUAUUUAA